AUGUCUCAAACUCGUUCUCAACGAGCUUAUCAGAAACUACUUGUAUAUCUGAAACCCAGUGUUACCAGGCUUGCACAUUUCAAGCGUAACAAAAACUGCGAGAAUGGAGAGAGAGAAGCGGUCAAAGUCUUCCUAUGUUUAGGAGGCCAGACAGUAUGCAACAACGCAAGGAAUAUCCUCGCCCAACAAGGGUAUCUCACCUCCCCUCCCUCAGAUUUGUUGUCCCUACCAGCCAUAACGGGACACACAUUUCCAGGGCGCCACCCCCCACACUUGCCAUCGCUGCCUCCACCAGUAUCUUGCCCAUCAUUGCCAGAUCUUGUUCUACCCAUGCCCACUCCACCAUCCCCAGCACCUUCCUCCAUAACCGAUGUCGAUGAUGAGAACUGCUGUUAG